AUGUCCUUUCACCUUCCAAACGAGCUCUGGGAGAUCAUUUUUGACGGGCUUCUUGGACGUAGACGCACCCUGAAAGCGUGUAGCCUCGUCUGUCGCUCCUGGAAAACUCUGGCCUGGAAACGACUAUUUCGUAUUCUCUACUUGCGAUAUCCGAAAUGGGAGGCCCCCGAGAUUCUGCCAAAUUCUCGCUCCUGGAACGUUUUGUGGGCUCGUCCUCCAAAACAGACCCCUGCCCCCCGCCGAGCAGGCGAGGGUUGGGCGCCAAUGUUGCGAUUUUUCAACUCCCCGCUACAUCCUACCCAGCAUACAACCAAAAUCCGCAUCGAAAUUUUUUUGCAUGAGUCUGUAGUUAGCCCGCCAUCCGGGAUCUUCAAGCCCGGGUCCUCUCGAUUUCCUCAGCUACGUGAGAUCCACGUUUCAGCAUUCAAUCUACCUCUCCGAACUGGUGAACCAUGGGCAUAUUUGAACAACAUUAUCUCCCAGGUCACCACGCUGGAGCUUGCUCAUGUCAACUUUCGCUCUUUCGACGACUUUAUGGCACUCCUUGCGAGUUCGCGUUGUAUCGAACUUAUAAUGAGCGAUUCGACAUGGAGGACCGCGACCAACGUUCAAUCAUCACCACCCCGGCUUCAUCCACCACCAAUGCACCGGCUAAGUCUUGCUCGAAUAGACACCCUGGCUAUAACCGCACUGUGUGAUUGGCUUGGUCACUUUAAUCAUCUGCCCAAGAUACGAGAGGUCACACUUCGGGGAUGUUCCCCAAAUACAGCGUUUAGAAGUGGAUACAAGCAAAGGCCACUUGUCUCAGAUAGUCUCAUCAUUGGACUGUUCAUCAUGCUUUGCGCUUCGUGA